UUUUUUCCCUGAUGUAGAUUCUGUUAAUUUAUUAAAAAUUCAGCAUGCGGUUCUUUCAUGUGAAAGAUUAGUAGAAGUUAAAAAAAAUCACUGUGAGCUACUUAGAAGAAAAAAUAAAGACAUGGAAAGUUGGGUUAAUAGACUAAAAAAGGAGCUAUCAGAAACAAAAGAAAUUAAAUCGCUGUUGGAGCAGCAAAAAGUGGAAUGGGAACAAGAACUCUGCAGUUUGAGGUUUUCCUUCAAACAGGAAAAAGAAAAAAGAAGAAAUACCGAUAUGUUAUAUGAAAAAAUUAAGAAGCAAUUAAAAAGAAAAGUAGAGCAGUAUAAUAAAGAAGCGGAACUGAAACAACAACUUGAAGUUACUCUUCGGACACGGGAUGAGGAGUUGAGGACUGUAAGAAAUAAUUUGAAUCAGGUACAUCUUUGAUAAAAAUUGCAUAUUUCCAUCAAUAUUAUUUAAAUAUUCCUUUGAUUUAAUGUAUAUUAUUUAGAUAUAAAA